GAGCAAAGCAGGUUGACCCUUACACAAUUUCAAAUUCUUGACCAAGAUAAACUAUUUUACUAAUGUUGGAUGAUGCAAAUUUAGUUAAAUAACUAGUUUCCAAACACAUACGUGUUGAUAAACCUUGUAAUAUAUGGAACUUGUCAUGCUAUGUAAAAAGUACAAUGUCUUGAAAACUUCAGGCUUUCACAAAACUCACACGGCAAAAAAACAAAUGAAGUCGUACAUUGCACAAAACACAUGUGUUUGCAUAUAAAUUAAAGGAAAGUCAGAAAGUUUGAAGCAAAACCAAGUGGUAAAAAGUCAACGAGGAAGAAGAAGAUGAACAAUGAGAUAGAAGAGGAGGGAGAAGAAGAUGGAAGGAGAGGGCUGGAGACGGUGAGAGAGAUUCAGUUUGAAGGGAGCAACAGUGGAACAGUGUCCAUGAACGGUGAGGACAACGUGUAUGUUGGUGUUGGCAAAGGAGACUCUAGCAUGGAGGCAUUGCGUUGGGCUCUUGACAAUCUCAUCACUUCUUCUUCUACUCUUCUUUACCUCAUCCAUGUCUUCCCUGAGACUCGCUCCAUCCCUUAUCCUUUGGGGAGGCUAACGAGGGAGCAAGCGAGCCAAGAACAACUUGAAACCUUUAUGUCUCAGGAAAGGGAGAAGAGAAGAACUCUCUUGAACAAGUUCCUUCACGCCUGUUCUGCUUCUAAGGUGAAGGUGGAGACAGUACUGGUAGAGAGUGACUCGGUGGCAAAGGCUUUACAAGACCUCAUCACUAUUCUUCACAUUAAGAAGCUUGUUCUUGGGAUCGAUAAAUCUAAUGCAAGGAAAGCAAAUUCGACAAGAGGAAACAGUGUUCCUGAACAGAUAAUGAGGAGCUCUGCAGCAGAACUGUGUGAGGUUAAGGUCAUAUGCCAAGGAAAAGAGAUAAAGAUGGAGGUGCCAGUGAUGGAGAGAGUCCCCUCCAGGUCCCCAAAAGUACAGGAGAGAACUCCCUACACUCCCUCCAAGUCCCCAAAAGAGCAACGGCCAAAGAAAGAUCAAUCCAAUGACCCUUUUGCUUGCAUUUGCUUUUUCAGUAAGCCCAAAACUAACAUUUAAUGGAAUGAGAGACGAUGAAAGAUUAUAUAUUUGUUAUGUUUUGAGUUUGGUUGAAUAGAGGGAA